CAAGACUUCGAUCCACACUCACGAUUUCACGACUCCGUACUUAUACACACUAUACGCAUUACGCAGUACGCAUUACGCAGUACACGCAUUACGCAGUACACGCAUUACGCAGUACUCGCAGUACGCAGUACACGCAUUACGCAGUACAUGCAUUACACGCAUUGCACGCAUUACACGCAUUAUACCCCCGCGCUGGACCGCCGAACUGCUUGCCGCUCGCCGCCGCUCGCCUGCAUCAUUGCCUGAUUUACGGCCGCGGCGCGCCCUGUGCCAAUUGAAUUCGUCGGCACCGCCCUACAUUCCAGUACUAGCCAUUGAUCUUAGUCGCGUCCAGACGCAAUGUCGGCCAUGGAGCGCGAGCACUCGCAGGACCGCGAGCUGGUCCGCCACCACGGGUCGUCUUUCUCGUCGCUGGAUCGGACGAUUCCCAUGUGGGACAGCGCGGACCCAGACCGAGCGCCGCCGCCGCUGCCCAUGAACCCCGGCUCGCCUACACUCACCACUCGUCCCAACACCUCGGCCGCGAUAAUGCGCGCAGCCAAGGCACUGGAAGAGAAGGCCCGCGAGAGCCUGCCCACCAGCUCCUACACAGUGAACCCCAUGCCCGGGCGGUCGCCCGAGCGGUCGCUCGUCAAGGGCAACCAGCACAAGCGCAUGCAGUCGCUGCAGCCCGGCAGCGUCCGCGACCUGCGCAGCUACCUCGACACACACAAGUCGCCCGACCGCUCGCCCGAGCGGCCCCGGACACGUGAUGGCUCCCGCGGCCGCGAGCUGGAGAAGGACUACUUCGCCAGGGACGGAGACGCCAGGUUCGGCCACUUUGGCACGCCGUCGCCUUCGUCGGCCUACGACCUGACACACACGCCCACCACGCGGCCCACGCACAGGGCGAUUCUGGGCGAGAACACGCCGCCGUCGGCCACGAUGAAGGCGCUGCAGACCAUGACCAUUCCUCCGCAUAUUCUUGACCCGCCCCUCCAGAACAUCACCAACUCGUCCACCCCCACGCCCAUUUCGGCGGCGGCGGCCGCCCAGCCUCUCGACUCCAUCUCCACCCAGCUGCUCAGCAUCACAAACAUUGUCUCGAGCCUGCAAAAGGACAUGUCCCAGCUCAGUCGCCGGAGCAAGGACAACGCCACGGACCUCAUCAGCUUGAAGGAGGCCACCAACAGCCGCGACGAGGACAUUCGCCAGUCACUCAAGGAUCUGCUGAGCACCAUGGGCGAGAAGCAAAAGGCGGCGGCUGCUGCUGCCGCUGCCAUGGAGGAAGCCCGCUCUGCGCCGCUCAACCUUCACGACCCUCACAUGACGCCUACCAAGCAGUUUACAUUUCCGCGCAUGUCGUCGCCAGGCGCCUGGGCCGACGAGAGGAUGGGCAGCCCCAACCCGUACUCUGUCGAGGGCGCCGCCAGUGUCGCCAUGCUGGAGAAGAUUAUCCGUGAGAUGGUCACCAAAGAUGGCCAGGAGCGCCUGAUUGCGAACCUCCAGGUCAUUGUCGACAAGGCCAACGGCGACACGGCGAAGAAGGUCUCUGAGCUGGUCGAGUUUGUCAAGUCCGGCUCGGCGGCCAGCAAUCUCGCGCCGCCAGGCUCUGCCUCGUUCCAGGCCUCUCCCGGCUCGGGCGCGCUUACGCGCACGCUGUCAGAGGGUUACUCACAGAACCUCAGUAGCCCCAAGGCCGCCGACUUUGUCAGCGAUGAGAUGCUCAAGUACCUUCGUAAGAUCAAGGACAGCGCCGCCGAGAAUGGCUGCGUGACCAUGGCGGCCAAGACGCUGGUCCAAGAGCUGCGCGGAGAGGUCCUCGGCAUGGGCCGAGAGCUGGCACGCAAGAUCGAAGAGGCUGAACACGCCAAGGCGGGCCAGCCAGAGCAAGCCACACAGGAGAUCAACGCCAUCAUCCAGGAAGGUCUCGAUGACCUGAAGGAGCACAUGGACAAGGUCAUGCGAGAACGAAGACGGCAGUCCAUGUCGUCGGUCGUCACUCGCGGCACCGUCGAUAACAACGAGGUGUACGACGUGGUCAAGCACGCGCUGGCGGAGCGAGGUCUCGAUGACUACUCUGCGCAGGGCGCCCCUCUCGACAAGGAAGCUAUCGUGGCUGCCGUCCGCGAAGCCUACGACAGCGUCGAGAUGAAGCCCAACGUUGAAAUCCAACAAUUCGGUCUGGAGCGUGACGAGAUUCUGCAGUGCCUCCGCCAAGGACUGCAGGACUACAGCGGCUCUGGUGCUGUAUCGAGAGAGGAGAUUAGCGACAUUGUCCAGGAAUCUCUGCAGCAACUGCGCCUGCCUCCUCCAGUCAACGAAGCCAACGAGAUGCGCGAAGAGAUCCUCAUGGCUGUCCGUGACUCGCUCGAGGAGUUGAAGCCGUCUCUCGCGCCUCAGCAGCCUCGGACGGAUGGUCUGACCCGCGACGUCCUGCUAGACGCCAUCAAGGAGGCCCUCUCGACGCACGAGUUUGGGCCACAGGAAGUAGAGAUUCCUCAGGAGGCUUUGUUCGACGCCGUCAAGGCUGGGCUGGAGGCAUCUCAGCCGGACGUUGAUGCCAACAACGAGGUGGUUGUGCAGCGCAUCCAGGCACUUGUGGAGAGCAUGCACUCGGAAUUCAAAGCCUACUCGGCAGCCAACGGACGCGACACCGAGCAGGUCUUGGACGCAUUGCGCGAUGGCCUCGACAAGCUGGGUGCCGAGCUGCAGGGUCAUUUCGACAAGGCGCCCGACGCGACCCAGCAUGAUGCCAUCAUUGACGGCUUCCGGGCUGAGCUCGACAAGCUGCGCGAGGACGUGCAAGGAUACGUUGCUGAAGGCCCCCGUGGAGAUCAAGAAUGGAGCCGCGGCGACAUGGUCACCUUCAUCAAGACCGAGCUCGAGAAUCUCCACGAAGGCUUGAGCGCGAAGCUGAUCCCUGCCUCUGGCGGCGACAAAGCGGAGCUGCUCGCUGCACUCCAGGCUGGAUUCGAUGAGAUGAACUCGCAAGUCGCUCUGCGCGGCGAAGACGCCGAUUCAAACGAAGACAUCAACGAGGCCUUGAAGCACGAGUUCGACCAGCUCAAGGAAGUCCUCCUUGGCGAUACUGCAGGCCAUAAAAACGACAUCCUCGAGAAGCUCGAAGCCGGCUUUGACGGACUUCAAGUCGGCCUGCGCGAAGCUACCUCUACCUCGGCACCCAGUGACGAUGUCCUUGCUGUCAUCAAGGACGAGUUUGAACACCUCCGCGAGACGCUUGGUGCUUCCAUCGUCAAGUCUGGUGGCGCCGACAAGGACGACAUUGUCGAUGCUGUUCGUGAGCUCAUGGAUGGUCUACGCGCAGCCAGCGACACAACUUCCAAAGAGGGCGUGACCAUUCUUCAGGCCGAUCUUGAAGCUCUCAAGGAGUCGCUCAGCGGCGCCCUGGUCCCUGCCAGUGACAACAGCAAGGCAGAGAUCCUAGACGCCCUCAAAGUCACGCUUGAGGAGAUGAAGACUUGUUCGAAAAGCGCCGGCGUCAACGAGGAGCUCCUCGAGGCCUUCCGAGGAGAACUGGAGCAGAUUCGCCAGUCCGAUGGCCUCACUCGACAACACGGCCGAGCCGAUACUGAAGAAGUUCUCGAAGCCGUACGCCUCGGACUCGACGACCUUCGCUCGCACCUCGAGAAGAAGCUCGACGGCCCCCAAGAUGGCUCCUCAUCCGGCGAAAUCGUCGAUGCCCUCCAUGACGGGCUCGAAGGCCUGCGCGCAGACCUCACUAAGCUGAACAGCAAGCCUGUCGACAUGACCGUGUCCUAUGAGAUCCUGGACACUCUCAAAGACGGCAUCGCUGCUCUCCGCGAGGACGUUGCUCUUCUCAAGGGCAAUGCAGCGGCACCUGCGACCGCGCGAGAAGUCGAGGUUGAAGUCGAGGUUGAAGCUAUUCCCACUGGCAACGAAAUGGUGCUUGCCGAAGCGCCCAGCGAUGGACCAGCCGGAGAUCGGGAGAUUGUCGAUGAGCCCGCAAUCGCCAAGAUGACGGAGAAGGUGGAGGAGACGACAAGCCGCGAGAUUGUUCCCGACUCGACUCAGCGCAACGAUGUCGAUAAGAUGGAGUUCAUCCUGUCCCAGAUCCAUGCAAAGGUUGAGGCUAUGGACGCCAACAUCCAGAAGCCCGCUCCAGCGGCUGAAGCAGCUGCGGUCCCCGGCGUUGUCAUGAAGGAUGACCUCGUCUCGGUUGAAGGCAUGCUGAAGGACCUGCAGGCGGCAGUCCUCAUUCUGCAAGAGCGCGACGCUCCCGCGCCGGUGCUCGAAGGCAUUGCUAAGAAGGAGGACACGGACGCCAUCGAGACGCUGGUUGCCAACACCAAGGCCAAGAUUGAGGAGCUCGUCUUCCCUGAUCCCGCCACUGCUGUCACCAAGGAGAACUUGGAAGACGUCGAACUCGUUGUGCGAACCACUUCUGAAGCUCUGGGCGCACUGGCUAAGAAGUUUGAGGAGGAGGGCGCAACGAAGACUGAUGUUACCGUCGUGCAGGUCAUUGCUGAUGACAUCAAGACAGCUCUUGAUGAGAUGAAAGCCGCGAAGCCCGACGACGAGGAGAACCCAAAGGCCACAAAGGCUGACGUCGACGCUGUCUCUCUGCUGGUCGACGAUCUCAAGGCUAAGCUCGACGAUCUGAAGAUCCCCGACCCCGAAGAGAUCCCUUCCAAGGCGGACAUGGAGCAGCUGACUGGUCUCAUUCACGAGUUCCGCGACAGCCACGAGAAGAUGAAGGAUACGUACGAAGAGGAUAUCCUCAAGACUGCAAACAACUUCGACGACCGCCGCAAGGAGGCUGAGAACGUCGUUGAGACAAUCACCGAAGUCAAGACCGCCCUGGACACCAUGAAGGGAGAGAUUCUGACCAACUUCAACGAGGGCGGAUCCAUCCAAGGCUUGAAGACAUCGCUCACGACCCUCGAGGCAACCAUCGGCGCCAACAAUGUCACCGCCGAUGUCAAAGAGCUGAUGGAGACACUCACUCGCGAAUUCGAGCGUGCUCACGGCUCCAUCGAGGGCCUUCAGAAUGACCAUGCUGAGAAGUCUGCACUUCACCUUGAAAAGCACGACGAGAUAAAGGGCGCGAUUGUAGCCGACUUCACCGAAAAGCUCGAGGACAAGUUCAACACCUUGAUGGCCAAGUACGACGACGCACAGCUUCUGGCUGAUGAACAGGCCCGAGUCAUGAAGGAGAAGGCUGAAGAGCAGGAAAAGAUUCUCGAGACGACAAAAACCAUGGCUGACGAGUUGCGCUUGACCAUUGAUACACUGGGUGCCACCAUUGCUGGCAUGAACGAGCGAUUCGAGGAGCAUCAGACUAAGAUGGGCACCGAUUCGGCAACUGCCUUUGAGAAGCUCGACGGUUCAUUGGAGAAGAUCGAUGGUGCCGUGGCCAAGUUCGAGGAGCUAAAGGGUGAAGACAAGUCGGAGCACUCGCACACGCGCGACGAGCUGAAGAACAUCGAGAAGAUUUUCGUUGGUCUCCAAGACGAGAUCACUGAACACAAUCCCAAGUUCAUGAUGGCACUCCGUGAAAUCGAAGCUCUUGUCAAGGCGCACUACGAUCACGCGCAGAAGUCGAAGGAGGAAGCUGACGAGCACACUCGCGCGAUCAAUGAAGAGGCCAAGGCACGUUCCGAAGAGAUCCAGAACCAUUUCGCCAACCUUCCCAAGCUUCUUCCUGCUCCCGCUCCUGAGCCUGAGAAGUAUGACGAUGCUCCCAUUCAGGAAAAGCUCGACAAGCUGCUCGCUAUCGAACCCACGGCGACGUACGACGAUGCCAUUGUCCAGGAGAAGCUCAACAAGCUCAUCGGCCACGCCGACGAUGCAAGUAAGGCAGCUGGUCAGCUUGAGCGCUUGGACGAGAUCCACGCUCAGGUCAAGAUGACAGCUGUCGAGGUCAGCGACUUCGUUGCCAAGCAGACUCAGCUCACUCUUGAGGGCAACGAGUCAAAGGAGCGUGAAGCCGAAGAGCUUGCUCUUCUUGUCGAGCGCCGUUCUGCGCAGAAAGAGCAGCUUGAGGCCGACCUUGAGAAUCUCAAGACCGAGAAGGGUGCAUACAGGGAGCAGCUUCACGCCGAGCUCGAAGACUUGAGGGCUGAGAAGGAGCAUGUUCUGCAAGAAUUGAAGGAGGAGAAAGCACGCGUCAUGGCUGAGCUGAAGGAAGAGAAGGAUCGCACCAUGCAGGAGCUCAAAGAGGAGAAGGAUUCAUUGCUCGCUAUUGUUGCCUCUCUACAGGCUGAGCGCGAAAACCUUGCCAACCAGAGGGUUCGUCUGACUGGGGAGGUGUCUUCUCUCCACACUGCGCUCGAGAUCCGUCGCGAAGAGUUGCACAUGAUGGACGCCAAGGCGGACGCACUCGAGCGUCGCAUCCUGAACGGCAUCAUGGACCACUCUCGCGCCUUGAUGAUUGCCAAGGGUUCGACGAGCCCCAGCAAGCUCAAGAAGCGCAUGAGUGUUGAGGGCGAGGCGGAGCGCGCAUUGCCACCAAAUGCGACCGCGAAGGCUGUCAACAUGGCCCUCAAGUCUCGUCCUGCUAUCCGUCGCGGCGCGCCCAACAGCACUGCUGACCGCCGUAUCUUCUCUCUGAGUCAGAUUAGCGGUAACGCAGCUCCUGCAGCAAAGCCUCACCUGGCCCCUAUUCCGGCAAGCAGCAACAGCGGCCUCAAGCGUGCUCACUCUGUCAAGACCAACCCUCGCAAGUCAUCUUGGAGCGGCCGCCCCAGCGCUGUUGUUGCUAACAAGGAGAACGCCCCAUUGAUUGAAGAGGCCGAGCCAGAUGCCGAGAAUCAGGCGCCCGGAUCUGUUGCUCCUUCUAUCGUUGCCGAGGAUGUGCAGAGUGAGGCGGGCACUGAGCGCCGCUACAGUGUCGCUAGUGAUUCUCAGUACACAGAGAGCCACGCUGCUGGUGAAAUGCCAGGAGACGAUGGUCGCUCCAACUACGGCAGCGAGUACACCUACGGGUCUGGCUCGUACAUGACGGGUAGCGAUCUCGAUCGCCGAACUUCGUAUGGAUCGACAAUCGCCCGCUCAAUUGUCCCUACCGAGAGCGCUAUCGAAGGUGCCUCCGAGUCCGAGUCGGAGUCUGAAGACGACGACGAGGGCACCGCGAAGCUCAAUGCCUCUGAGAUCUCUGGCGUCACAGGAUCCGAGGUGUCUGAUGUCACAGCCUCGGAGGUUUCGGAAAUGCCCAUGCCCACCGAGUCAGCCAUCGAUCGCGCCGUAGCCGCCGUCGCAGAGGAGAUGAAGGAGAACCCCAAGAACUUUGUCCCGACUGACUCUGGUCUGGGCACCGAACCGCCUACCGCUGCGCUGGACCACGGCACGCUGGUUGAUGCUGAUUAUUUCCGCCGCGCGGCUGAGGAGGAGAGCGUUAUGGGGAGUACCGUGGGUUGAGACUUGCGUAUGUGAUCUGAUGAUGUUUCAAUGAUCCGCUCCAUGGGCUGAAUGGUGGACGGACGGUAUGCAUAUGUCGCUCUUUCGACUUGCUGGCUUGCAAGACCUCGACUCGCUCUUUGGUCGCUUGGGAACAUGGCUCGCUGCAUAGUUUGAGAUUUGGAUUCAAGUAAUGGAGGGCUCGAGUUGGUAUUGCUGCACAAGUGGCCGACGGCGAAAAGUCCGCUUCGUCUGCUGAAGGGCACGGGCAGAGUUGUAAUGAGGAUUGGACACUCGCUGUUCUUGUACGUACAUGGUUCCCCGGCGUUGCUGAUUUGGAAGGGGUUUGGAGUAUUUGGGUAAUGGGAUUGGGUCUGCUUUGUUAGAGGUGGAGUACGAGGUCGUUUAGUUCCGCGUAAUACAAUCGUUACCGCACG